CUCAGCUCGCCUUUUGCUGACACACGGUGACUGCCCAAAUCUCACUCCACCCAUUCCACUACCACCAUCACAUUCACCAUGCGUUCUGCCAUAGCCUCCUCGUCACGUAUUGCCGUCAACGCACUCCGCCCACCACGGGCUCGCCCUGCCGUGCGCGCGCUGUCUACUUCGACCUGCCUCGCAGCGCCACGGGUAGGCAUGGCGCGCGGCGUUGACUUUGCACGGGCUGCGAUGCCUCGCCUCCCGGGGCAGCAGGUUCGCACGAUGUUCAUCCAGACCGAAACUACUCCCAACGAGGCUUCGCUGAAGUUUAUCCCCGGCGUUGAGGUCAUGCCAGGCGGCGGUACGCAUGAAGUGCUUGACCUGCGGGGCGCGCUCGGCUCACCGCUCGCCACGCGGCUGCUCAACGUCGACGGCGUCGUUGGUGUUUUCUUCGGACCCGACUUUGUGACGUGCUCCAAAGACGAGAACUACAACUGGAGCGUGCUCAAGCCCGAGGUUUUUGCGAUCCUCAUGGAGCACUUUGCAAGUGGCGCACCGCUCUUCAAGGAGGGCCACGAGUCGAGCGGGGCCGAAGACACGCGUGUGCUCGACACGGACUCGGAGGUCGUCGCGAUGAUCAAGGAGCUGCUUGAGACUCGCGUCCGUCCAGCCAUCAUGGAGGACGGCGGCGACAUUGAGUACCGCGGCUUCAGCGAAGACUCGGGUAUUGUGCAGCUCAAGCUCAAGGGGUCGUGUCGUGGCUGCUCGAGCUCCGAAGUCACGCUCAAGAACGGCAUCGAGCGCAUGCUCAUGCACUACGUCCCUGAGGUGCAGGGCGUGGAGCAGUUCCUCGACGAGGAGGAGCGCAUUGCUCUUGACGAGUUCAACAAGCUUGAGGCUCGCCUGGCAAAGGACAAGAAGGCUGAGGCCAACCCGUGAGGCUGAGGUGCCGAUCCAUCGCGGCGGCCCGAUGCGAGCCGCCGCUGACUCCAGAAUGGCCCAGUUCAUGUCGCCCUAGACGUUGUAGCAUGCAUACUCAUCGAUCAUUGAGCUGUCACGGGGAGGUGGGC